AUGUUUAUGACACCAACUCCAACUCGUUCGUUUCCUUUAACCAACAACAACAACAAGACCACCAUCACGACUUCCAGUAUAGCAAAAUCUCCAACAUCAACAACGGUUAUUACCACUACUUCUACAUGUAACACUAAUAAAUACAAAUCGUCAUCGUCAUCAUCAACAACUACACCACCAAGGCGUUCAUCGUCACGUCACAUAACACCAACUCAGUCUAAAGCUAGGCAGCAGAAAUCGCCAUUACAACCAACAUCAUCGUCACCAUCAAGGGUGCUAAAUUCAGCAACAACUUUACACAACUAUUUUAAAGCCUCAAAAAGAAAAGGUCUUACAAAGAAUCUUCUUAAAAAGGAAAUUUCAAAACUCGAUGUCAUCACAAAAGAUUGGUUAG